ACGCAAAAAACAAGCCCUCAUACUAGUCUGUGGAUGAAAAUAUAAGAGUUAUGAUUUUUUGAAGGCGAGGAGGAAAAAACGAAAAUACGGAAACUGUAUUGCCAAAACGUGGUAUGAACCCAGCCUUACCUUAUCAUAAUAGGGCUGUCCUUUUUGUCUGGGGGCUGGACAGGUUAAUGAUUGCUGAGGUGUACCUAAUCCCCAGCACUCAGAUGCAGCCUCUGCCGCUCACAUCAUGCUUUGUCUUGCUGUUCUCCUGUCCCUUGUAUGCCCAUGCUUACCACAGAAGUCGGAGCCAUUAAGCAGUCACAGCUCCGAGCCCUUAUUCCGUGGAGCAGAUCGCUAUGACUUUGCCAUUGUGGUGAGCCCUGCAGGCACUGAAUGCUUCUGGCACUACGCACAUCAGAAUGGUUAUUUCUACUUUGGGUAUGAGGUUCAGUGGACCUCCGGAAUAAUGCAGGACAGACAUGUGUCUGCCUCAGCACAUAAUCCACAGGGUUUUCUCAUUGAAACCUCCAAGGAUGUACGUGGUCAGAUCAACUUUGAGACCAAAGAGACAGGGUUUUAUCAGCUCUGCAUAAAUAACUGGCAGAACAGCUUUGGCUCAGUUCAGGUUUACCUCAACUUUGGUGUGUACUACGACGGACAAGGACCCGAGCACCCUCAGGACCACAAGCGGAAGUUAAAUGACACCCUGGUAUCUAUUGAGGAAAGUGCCCAGAUUGUACAAGGUCGUGUUCUUCAUAUGUGGAGAUAUUAUAACUUUGCUCGUAUGAGGAAAGGGUCUGAUUACUACAGGCUGAUGUCCAACUAUCACUAUGUAAACUGGUGGUCAGCAGGUACAAGCAUCCUUAUUGUGGUCUCAGGAGUCCUGCAGCUUUAUUUCCUUAAACGUCUCUUCAAUGAAAAGGUGACCACAACGACCCAGAAACCACGCUGCUGAGAACUACUGAGAAUGCUGCCCUGAUGCAUCUCGGGCUGAAAGAUUUUAUAUACCUUUCUAUUUGUUUUUAUAUAUAUCUUGCAAUUGUAUAUGGGUAUCACAAGUAAAUGUUGGGAUCAGAACUUGACAGCUGUCUAAUGCCCAGUUUAUACCAACAAAUAAACAAUGCUGUAUGUAUGGCUAUACUUGGCUUCCCUUUUAUA